AUGAUAUGGCAUAGUACUGGGAGAUCAGAAGAUGGUGUGAUGCGUCAUCCCGUUGAUGGAGAGUCUUGGAAAAAAAUUGAUGUAGAUUUCCCUGACUUCUCGAGUGAACCUCGCAACGUACGACUAGGGCUGGCAGCUGAUGGCUUUAAUCCAUUUGGUAACAUGUGUAAUCCGCAUAGUACGUGGCCGGUUGUACUCACCACUUAUAAUCUGCCACCAUGGCUUUGUAUGAAAGAGUCAUCAUUCAUGUUGGCCUUGUUGAUUCCCGACCCUAAAGCGCCUGGAAAGGACAUAGAUGUUUUCCUUAGGCCGUUAGUGGAAGAGCUUAAGUUUUUAUGGCAAUCAGGCAUACGCAUUAAAGACGCAGUGACAAACACAUUCUUCACGAUGAAAGCUAUGUUGUUAUGGACAAUAAACGACUUUCCAGCUCGUAGUAGUUUAUCGGGUUGGAGCGGACAAGGGUAUAGAGCAUGCCCGACUUGCAAUGAAGACACUCCUUCGUAUCGUGCAGUAAACAAAGUCGUUUAUAUCGGUCAUUGUCGGUUUUUAGAUGCUGAUGAUCCAUUAAGGAUGAGUUUGAAAUUUAAUGGGCAACCAGAGACAAGACCCUCUCCUAGACACUUUACUAAUGAAGACAUACAAGAGCAACUAGGUCGUCUAAUACUUCGUAAACCGGGUAAACAUCCUAACACUCUCAAAGAAAACAUGGAUCGGCAAGGAUUCGAGUUGAACUGGUCGACACGUAGCAUAUUUUUCGAGCUCGAGUAUUGGUCUUCUCUACAGCUGAAACACAACAUAGAUUUGAUGCAUGUCGAGAAAAAUGUGGGUGAGAGUCUUUUGGGUACUUCUAUGAUGAAUGAUAAGAGUAAAGACACAUCAAAUGCACGUGAGGACUUGAAAAAUCUGAAUAUCCGGCGUAAUCAAUGGUUGCAAAAAAAGGGUAACAAGUUCACUAAACCACAUGCAAGCUACUCAUUCAAGAAACCUGACCGCAAAAUCUUUUGUCAAUUUAUAAGAGAUGUUAAAUUUCCUGAUGGUUUUGGAUCUAACAUUAGUAAGAAAGUGGUAGAUAAUGAUACUAACAUUAUUGGGUUGAAAUCUCAUGACUAUCACAUUCUUAUGCAACGUUUGAUACCGAUUGGAGUUAGAGCGUUAUUGGACAAAGAAACUUCUACACCAAUUGUAGAUCUUUGUAUGUUUUUCAAGCAAAUUUGCUCCAGAACACUAAAGGUGGAGGAUAUGAGGAAAGCAAAAGAAGACAUUAUUAGAAUCUUGUGCAAGUUAGAGUUGAUUUAUCCGCCAACGUUUUUCGACAUUAUGAUUCAUUUAGUUUUGCAUUUACCUGAUGAAGCGAUUGCCACAGGCCCAGUAUGUAUGAGAUGGAUGUAUCCGUUUGAAAGGUAUAUGAAAAAACUAAAAAACUAUGUCAGAAAUAAGGCGAGGCCGGAAGGUUGUAUAGCUGAAGGUUAUAUUGCUGAAGAAGCUUUGACAUUUUGUUCGAUGUACCUUCGAGAUGUCAAUCGCCUUGAAAGAAACGAAGACGUUGUCAUUGAAAAAACAAAGUUUUGGAUGUUUGAGUCCAAGUGUCGACCGACGAGCGCAACGCAAAUCAAACAUCUUGAUAUAACAGUGAAACGUAAUAUUGAAUGGUUUAUAUUGAAUAGUUGUCAAGAAGUCAGACAAUACAUCGAGUAA